AUUACCUAUUCAAUAAAUCCGCUCCAACUUCCUUCUCAGCAUUACAAGAAGGAAGCAGAAAAUUCAGCAACCGCAUUCUAUGGAACACAGGCUAGAAAUGCGGUAUUCUCUUCUGUGUUUUACAAAUUUUAUAUUUUGGGUGGGUGAACAUACAAUUUGGGUUGCUACUGGGCAACACUUAUCUUUAAAAUAAUCAAAGAAAAUGUUAAAAAAUUCAACUGACAAUCGCAGGUGAUGACAGAAAUAACAAGAACCUUCAAAGAAACUUCCCAAUAUCUUGAAAAGUCAUUGUCUUUAUCUGACCAAUUGAUCCUUUCUUGUUUUCUCCGCUAAUCUUUUUUGUCAAUUCUUGAUUGUUUGUUACAAGAAUCGUACAGAAAUUAAUUUGUUUGGGCCUAUAUUGUUCAUUUUUCAUCCCUUACCCAAACAGAUGUGUUUUUGGGUGACCCCAAUUAGCUUGGAUUUGAACUGUAGUUGUGUUUGAUUGUGUUAAUCCGUGUAUGUCUUUAUUAAGGAUAUCGUGAAGCUUUUGGCUUUGAGGGUGUAUGUAAUUUCUUCUCAGAUCAUUGAUGCAAUGGGAUAAUGAGGUAUUGGGAUGAUUGUGCUUAUUCUUCUUGGUGUGCCUGUGAUGAGAUUGAAUUCUAAAUUUGCAUGAAUUCCUUAUAGGUUAAUGUGGUUAGCCUGAUUUUUUCUUUUUGGGGGAAAAAACUGAUAGGGCUGUUUUCAUGAGUUCUCUACAUUUCUGCCUAUCUUGAUUUGGGUCAUUAUUGCUGGUUUAGUUCCUUGUGUCCGAAUUGUUUCUGGGAAAAAUGUAUAUAAAGUCGGAAAUUUCAGGGAGUUUAAGUAGGUAUCCAUGUUGAAUAUAUUUUAGGUUAUAGAGAGUUGUUUCAUCAUUAGCUAAAUUAAACAAGUUGGGUAAGGAGUGAUGGAUCUUAGUCGCAAAGAUCUAAAUAUAGAAGGAGAAGGCGAGGAAAUGGAUAGAGAAACGACCUCACGGGCACAUAGUAGAGACAAUGGUUACAAUAACUCCCGAUACUCUGGUGCUGUGAGGCAAAAAGCUUAUAUCUUUGAUGGAGAAGGGAAUUAUUUUAAUAAAGAAUGGGAUUUAAUAGAGGGUAGAGGCAAAGAAUUUUGUUGGUACCAUGUUGAGCUUCCAAAGUGGAACCAGAGACUCUCAGAGUCUGCACAAUAUCUUAUUGAUGUACUCUGUCCUCCUAUGAAGCUUCAAGACAUUUUGUCACUUGUUAGCAAUGGACCCUUUUGUGGGCAUGUAGAUGGGGCUCUUGUGUUUCGAGUCAAUUCACCUGGCCCUGCAUCCAGCAAAUUUACAUUUAGAAUUGCAGCAAGAGUUACUGAGAAUUCAGUGAUCACCGUGUCAUUAGGGCGUGUUCCGAGAUUGGGUUUCUCCCCGGUAAAUCAGUCCCUUCUCUCAGAGGUUCCCAUUGUGGAAAGUCCAAGUUCUGGUGGUGGAGAAAUGAAGGAAAGGGGUGGGACUGUAAUCAGGGAGCAUGUUCUUGAUUUUCUAUUGAUGAUGAAUCAUUCUGAGGAAGGUGAUAAUCCUGUACCUAAAUCUGUGUCUAAUUUGGUUGUUCACAUCAUAGACACACAUGUGGAUCACCUUCAAGAUGUUGUGACGAAGCUGGAGAUUGAGUUGGACUCAAUGGAGCUGGAAAUUGACAAAGGCGGUUUUGCUUUAAAGAAACAAUUGCUGGAUGAUAGAAGAUUUCCGAAGAUGCAUCUUGACCUGCAGCGCCUCCUCCAGGUGAUUGCACAUGGGGAGCAAGUAUUUCCACGAGUCAAGGAGAAAUGUUCUUCAAAAGGUUGGUUUGCCAGCGAUGACAUCAACUCACUUGAAGAGUUAAUUGGUCGGCUGAGAAGACUGAAGGAGAAUGUUGGAUUUAUUGCCAAUCGUGUCACAGCAAUUCAGGCAGGUCUUGACAGUUGGCAGUCUGAGCAGAUAAAUAAAAAACUUUACUAUCUUUCCUUCCUCUCCAUCGUCUUUCUUCCCUUGUCGGUAGUAACUGGAGUGUUCGGGAUGAAUGUUGGAGGCGUUCCUUGGACCAACCAAAGAGAACCUGAGUUGAAGGAAGGGUUCCGCAAUGUUAUGAUGUUGUGUGUGGUUCUGCUGCUGUUGGUUCUCCUCUGCUUCCUUUUUCCAGCACUUUAUAGUCAUAUAAUGGCUUGGAAGAGAAGGCGAGACAUGAAAAGAAAUUGGUCUCUCAACCGGAGAUCCUUCCUUAGAAGAAGUACAGGCGUUAGGGAAAGAAAUGAAAGGGGAGGUUACUUGAGACUAUACUGAGAUGAAAGUGGUAGACAAAUCGAAACUGCAGUUGUUUUCUGCUUCGUCCUUCAUCUCUAUCUUGGCUAUAAUUCUGGCUUGGUAAGAUUUCUCCUUUCGCGAGAUGCAUGCACUCUUCAAGCUAGUCCUUAUUGUUCCUUGAAAACACAAAUUCCCGCACGAUUAUAAUGUUACUUUGAAAUGCGAUGGAUGUAAUAGCAAGUUGAAGGAAAUACCAAUGUUUUGCCACUUCCUUUGUUUUACCAACUCUUGUGCUUGUAUAGAGAAUUCUUUUGUUAUUUAUUACAAUGUGACAGUUCUUUCUUUUUGA